AUAUCUGAGGCGGAGGCUACGGUUGUUAGUUGAUGGCAUUUCGGGAUACGCAUUCAAGCAAAAACCAUAUUCACUUUCAAAAUGCAUCGUCUAGAAAACACAGUUUCUUAAUUUGAGUAUAACAAGAAGCAGAGCAAAUGCCAUCAACUAGGUUUUUAGGUUCAUUGUCAACACCAAGGGUUGAUAUUACAAUUGACACUGGCAAUCUUUUCUUCAAUCACGCUCUAGAGGGUUUCUUGAAGAUUGGAUCUGUUGCAGCUACGAGGUCAAUUGCAGAAGAUUCAUUUAAAGCUAUCAAUGGAGGGAAGCUAUCAAAACACUGUUUGGAGCGCUCUCUCAAGAAGAUGUGUAAAGAGGGUGCUUACUGGGGAAGUGUAGCUGGAGUAUAUGUGGGAAUGGAGUAUGGGGUAGGGAGGAUCCGAGGCACUUGGGACUGGGUAUGUUCACCACGCUACAAAGAAUGCCAUGAUCGGAGGUGCCCUAACAGGAGCUCUUGUCUCUGCGGCGACCAACAAUAACAAAGACCAGAUCGUGUCGGAUGCACUUACAGGAGGUGCUGUUGCAACUGCCUCAGUGCUCCUUAAUUAUCUCACAUGAAAACAGCAAACUCAACUUCCUUAUAUCGUUGCAUAUUGCUAUGUAGUGUGAUCCCUUUUUUUUUCCUCUUUGGUUGAUUUAACUGGUUGUAAGAAAACAAGGUUGCAAUGAUUAAAAUAACAGGAUGGCUUCAACCAGAGUUUCUUAA